GCAGGACAGAAGAAGAAGCUGCGGACAUCCGGGUUGUUGUGUCGGAGUGACGUAUUGGAACUCUUACUGAAAGAAAGGAUCUGAAUACUUCGUCCAGCGCUGUAUUUUGUUCUUACAGACAGCAGGAGCCCAGACAGGUCGGCCUCAUGGCGGUGUCUCAGAUCACGCCCACCCUGUUCCUCAGCGGCGCCGAAGGCCCCCUCAACGCAGCGCUGGUGUCGCAGAAGGGCAUCACUCUGAUCGUCAACGCCACGGUCAGCCACGCCAGCCCCGCCUACCCGGGGGUGGAGUGUGUGCGGGUGCCCGUCUCCGACCUGCCCAGCGCCCGCCUCGGAGACCACUUUGACCGUGUGGCCGAGCGCAUCCACGGAAACCGUGCAGGGGGCACGCUGGUGCACUGCGCCGCCGGUAUGAGCCGCUCCCCGGCGUUGGUUAUGGCGUACCUGAUGCGUUACAGAGGCGUGACGCUCCGCCAGGCGCACCGCUGGGUCCAGGACAGUCGGCCCUACGUGCGGCUGAACGCCGGCUUCUGGGAGCAGCUGCUGCAGUACGAGAGGAGGCUGUACGGGAAGAACACCGUCAGAGUGGCGGCAGUCGAAGAGACGCCGAGGGUGACGAGGACCGCGCCGCCGCCACAGCAGACCAACUGGUUGACGCUGGUACCCAGGUCGCCUCUGGUGACCCGAGCAUCACUGAUGUCACGACCACAGGUGAUGACGCCGGCAACCAAGCGAAGAAGAGGAACCAAAUCCAGCGGCGUUAAAGUCUGAGCUCUGAGCGACCGCUGCACUCCAACUACAACAAACUACCCACGAUGCAACUCGACCACUGACAGACACCACCCUGACCUCCACAGCCGACUUCUGUACCCACUCACACGCCUCUCUGAAAGACGCACGCCGUCCGUCAUCAGCACGGGAUUUAAAUCUGGAGCUGUGUAAUCGUCCAAUAGGGACGCAGCGUCCCACUGCUGCUAGCAUGUUAGCCGUUAGCUUUUUACCAGCUCGUCAUGCAAGAGGUCACUACAGCAGCGACGCACGCAUGAACUUUGGAGACCCUCUCUGACCGGGUCCGUUUCACAUCCGCCGCAGAAAGAAGGUUUGUGGGUCCAUCGCUUCUCGACCACCUGCUGAAAAACGGGUUUCCAGUUGCUGGUCAGGAUGUUGCAGACUUGGGACCUUGUGGACCGUAUAUAAAACAUCAGGGACUCAUCCUGAACGGGUGAAAACACUGACCUCACACAGAAGCUGCAGCAGAGCUAGCUAGCAGCUGUUAGCUUAGCAUUCACGCUUCAACGAGUGGCUGAAAAUGUC